AUGUCGAUCCAGGCAUCACCUUUAGUUAGAAAGCUUGCUUCCAAUAGUAGGAAGACCAGAGAGGAUGCGCUAGCCUCUUUGCGCUCCUUCAUCACCACAAAACAGUUCAGGACGCAGUCUCAGCUCCAGUUCGAUCAACUUUGGAAAGGUCUAUAUUACGCCAUGUGGUUUAGUGACAGACCAAGGCCACAGCAGCGGCUUGCAUGUCAGCUAGGUGAACUACAUCUUUUGUUCCUCGAAGGUUCUACAGACGUUGCUGUACGCGACAAGGCUUUUAUCCGUUUUUCACUAGCAUUCUGGAAAGUCCUGUGUCUCGAAUGGUACAACAUUGAUCACCACCGUCUAGACAAAUACCUCCUUCUUGUGCGUCUAGUAUUCUACCAUCAGCUAAAAUAUCUCCGUGAACGCCAAUGGGAUGAAGAGCUCGUGACCAAAUACAUCACUGCCGUGCUUCAAAAGCUGCCCCUCAGCGGUGAUACCAAGGUCUAUAAUGGAAUUCCCCUACACAUCAUUGACAUUUUUGCGGACGAGUGGGAGAGAGUUGCAGUUACGGAUGAAAGCGAAGAAGAUGAGCACAACUUUUCCGUCGAGGAGCAGCGUGAACUAAUCCAAAAGACCCCAAUAGCUCAAUUUAUUGCGAUAUUUGAGCGCUUAGCAUCUAAUACCGAUAACAGUAAGGUAAUUCGUAACAAGAUUAAAGAAGACUUUCUGCAAGAUCAGAGAUUCCGUGACUGGGAUGUGAUAUCAGAGGAACAGGAAGAGGAAUCAGACCCAGAGGAAUGGCAUGGAUUCUAA